GUUGUAAUGUUGAUGUUUUUCUCUGAAUAUAUUUCAACGUGUUUUUGAACACGUGAGCCGGGAGUAAAAUAUAGUCAGACUAUUGUGUAGUAUAAGGCAAUUUUUCUAAUCCAAUGUUUUGGUCUACAGAGAGAUAAUGCGGCUUGCAACACAAUUUUUCUCAAUACUUUUCAUAUACCGCCUUACUUGCACAAGCUGCAACGAUGUUUCCAGCGAGAAAUGGCCAACAGUGGGCAUAUCUGUACUGGUUCGCAAUAAAGAACAUACAUUACCCUAUUUCCUGAGUUGUCUCACGGCAUUGGACUACCCAAAAGACAGACUAUACAUUUGGAUAUACAGUGAUUUCAAUGAAGAUGGCAGCAUUAAUAUUCUAGAAGAUUGGGCAGCUAAACACAAGUCCGACUACAAUGAAGUGAUAAUAACGGCGAACAAAACCAGUGGGACUCGACAUGAUGAUGAGAAGAAUACUGUGCACUGGAGUACGAAGCAUUUCAAGCAUGUUAUACGGCUAAGAGAAGAAGCAUUGAGAUAUGCUAGGAAAAAAUGGGCUGAUUUUAUAUUUAUGCUGGACGCUGAUGUGUUCCUCACAGAAAAGCAGACUCUCAAAACUCUAGUCCGGAAAGAUGUACCCGUAGUAGCCCCUAUGCUCAUCUCUGACGGCCUCUACUCAAAUUUUUGGUGUGGAAUGAACCAGAAUUACUAUUACGAAAGAACGGAGGACUACAAGCCGAUCUUAACAAGAACCGAGGUUGGGUGCUUUGAGGUUCCCAUGGUGCAUUCAGCUGUGCUCAUAUCGCUGAGGCGUGAGGUGGCCGAUGUCCUUACGUAUGACAGCGCUAAGAUUAAGGAUUAUGGCGGACCUGUGGAUGAUAUUAUAGCGUUUGCUGUCAAUGCUAAAUAUCAUGGCAUCAACCUAACUGUCUGCAACGACCUCCUAUACGGUUUCGUGCCCGUACCCCUAGAAGACGGAGAUGACCUAACUCAGGACCAAGAGCAACUUCUCAACGUUAAACUAGAAGCUAUCAGUCGAGGCUCACCCUUGCCUGUACUAGAUACUUUCAGGCCUUUAAUAAAGUAUCCUAAGCGCUGGAAUUUUGGCUGCGAUGAGAUAUACAUGAUUAAUUUGGAGAGACGGAAGGAAAGGCGGGAGUUGAUGGAGAUGAGCUUUGAGGAGCUCGGGAUGGAGGUGACCACCGUUAAGGCGGUUGAUGGAAGGAAUCUGGACCUAAAUGACUUGAGGGAAUAUUCUGCCACAACAAUGCCCAAUUACAUGGAUCCGUAUCACAAGCGACCAAUGAAAGCAGGCGAGGUCGGAUGUUUCCUAAGCCACUACUAUAUAUGGGAAAAGAUAGCAAAGCAACGGCUCGGCAUCGCGCUAGUGUUGGAGGAUGAUAUACACUUCGCGCCGUAUUUCCGGUACCGCUUCCAGCAGCUGCUGAGGGAACUCAAGAAUUUGGACUGGGACCUCGUAUACAUUGGCCGUAAAAUCCUCCAAAGUGACGACGAGGAAUACGCCACGGAGCACACAGUUCGCCCCCUCUACUCCUACUGGACUCUCGGCUAUUUACUGAGCGCGCGAGGGGCGUCCAAACUGCUGGCUGCCAAGCCGCUCGAGACUAUGUUACCUGUGGACGAGUUCCUGCCCAUCAUGUUCGACCAGCACCCCAAUGACACAUGGAAAUCGUACUUCCCCAACCGCAACCUGCUGGCGUUCUCUUCGGCGCCUCUCCUGAUCUACCCGACGUACUACACCGGCGACGAAGGCUACAUUAGCGACACCGAAGAUUCCACCAUACUCGGAGAUCACAGUGACAGCGGUGACAGCGGUGACCACGGUGACCGCGGCGAUCGCGGCGACCGCGGUGCCGAGUACGUCAAGAACGAGCUUUGACCACUGCCCUCUUACAGAACGAAGAUUGAUAAACUUUCGGCUGAUGUGCCAGUCAAAAAGCAACGAAGGCGAACCCUGUGGAAGUAAGGUUAGACAGAUACUUAUUUUGAUUGAAAAUGUACACACUGAAUAGUUCGAGGGUUUUUUUUUAUUUUAUGGGAUAGGAGGCAAACGAGCAGACAGGUCGCCUGAUGGUAAGCGAUCACCGCCGCCCAUGGACA